AUGGCGCCAGCCGAUUCUCCUCCUUGCCCCAGUGGCUCCAACUCGAGCUCGAGUUCUCGACGCUCGAGCUGGGCUGCUUUGCUGCAAAAAUACGAAGAUGCAAUGGAAUAUUGCGAUGACGACGCCAUGUCUGAUGCUGACCAGCCUGAAGUUAUCACAAAAAUGUCCCAGCUUGGUAUUGAAGAAACCAGUGUUCCUGCGACUGGGGCAAGAGUCAACGACCCUGAGCUUCAGACCAUCGCUGAAACAGUGUCUCUGGAUACCGCCAUCCAGGUGCCUCAGAUCACUAUUGACAAUAAUAGUGUCCCGGUAUUAGACUCGGAGAGCCAUGGACAACUCAAAGCACACGGCCCAUUCCAUAAAUGGAUGCGAACGAUACAUCGCCGAGCUCGGCAUCGAUCCACGCUGUCGGACGGAAGCAUUAAUUCUCUGCGACCGCCACUUGAGCCAGAGCUUCGCAGCCGCACACCAGCCUGGAAGAGAUCACACCAUCGACAGUCGUCCUCUGGGUCUUCGUUUGCCUUUGUUUCGGCGGUUCGGAGUGCUAGUGCCAGUCUCGCCAGUGUCAGCGCCAUGGCACGAUCUCGAAAGACUACUGCACGCUCGCAGGGCUUUUCUGUGACGGAACGUAGCAGCAGAGCUUCCAUGACAGCGCCGCGUGCGUCAGAAGACAGCAGCUUCUUGGAGAGCCACUCUUUGGCCGACCUGGCUGCUAUCGAGAGGUCAUUACAGCGAAGAAAAGUACUAGAAGAGCUUAUCAGUACAGAAGAGGGGUACAUUGGUGAUGUACGAUUUCUCAUGAAUGUAUAUUUCACAAUCUUAGCGGCGUUGCCCUCUAUUUGCGUUGGACUACGGUCAUCAAUCAACCAGAACUUGACCGGGAUUGUCAAGCUACACGAGCAACUUCUAGGCGAACUACACAGGGCAGUUCCAUACUCCGAAUACACGCAAAUCAACGUAUCACCUACGAUUACUCCAUUUGCCAACCCAAACUGUCUCCAUGCCCAUAGCCACAAACGUUGGUCCAGUCUCGGCGCAGUGCCUGAGCAAAAUAUGAAAGCAAGGUGGCUCUUGAAAGCCCCGGGUAUGCUGGCCGAUCCGCAAGUGGCAGCAGAGGUCGCAAAAGUUUUUGCAAAAAAGGUAAACAUGCUCUUCAUAUAUGAAGAGUAUGGGGCGACAUAUGAAAUGAUGAUCAAAGACAUCAGUGCAGCUCAGCAAGCCAUGCCAAACUGGGAGACGUAUCAGAAAGGCCUCGAGGCCUUGGCUAUGGCGCUGGGAUCCUCCAAGGGUAGCGAAGAAGGGGCGAAAAAGGCUCUUACAAUCAAUGAUCUUCUUGUCAAGCCUAUACAAAGAAUCUGCAAAUAUCCUCUACUGUUCUCUGAGCUUCUCAAGUGCACUCCAAUAUCAGACUGUCCAAACUCACACAUGGAAAUUGAAAACACCCUGACACGGCUUCGCGAAGCAACCACGGAGAUCAAUCGGGCAUCGGACGAUGAGGGGGUAAAGUCCAUUCUUGAAAAAACAUGGAUCCUCCAAGAUCGAUUAGCCUUUCCAGACAGAAAACUUGAUGCAGUUUCAAAAAACCAGAUACGAUCAUUCGGUCACAUUCGUCUUUGCGGAACGCUUCAUGUAUGUUGGCAAACCAAUGAUGGAGUAGAUGGGCAGUACUUUAUCUGUUUGCUUUACCGCCAUGUUCUCUGCCUUGCUUCUGCCGGCAAGGUCGAUCCGAUAUACACAAUUAUGGCCUGUAUCAAUCUUGAUGAUAUCAGACUUGAGGAGGUAGACAAUGGGAGAGGAAUACAAUGUCACACUGCGCCAUUUUCCUGGAAGUUGGUAUUUGAGUGCGACCAUCAGUUAUGUGAAUUGAUUAUGACUGCUUGCACGCCAAAAGAAGAAAUGGAGUGGAGGUCAAGAUUGGCUCGGCCAGUGAGAGAAGACCAAGAGCUGAGGCCGUCGGAUAUGUUUAGUUCAUUGUAUAUAAAUGUAAAAAGCUUGGGAACAGUUUUUGGAAAGCCAGGAACGCUCGCCCGACGGAUAUCGAUACAAAGGGCCACUACUGUUGGAGGGGCCAGGGCGCCCCUAUGCCAAGUCAUCUUGAAAAAUACAAAUGUGCUGCGGGAUCAUGGCAACAACUCGUCCGCUGCCAUGGCUGUCAAUCGCUCACAUUCUUUGUUGACAACUGCUACCCGGAUACCGGUCCUUGCGCCGCCAAGAGGUGAAAGAGCUCGGCUAGAGGCGCUCUUAUCAGAUGUGUGGAGCAGAGAAGUCCUCCCGUUUCCUAGAAUGACGGUGAAGUCUCGAGGUGAAAAUUUAGUCCGAAGCUCGGCAUCUACGGUUAUCAGAAAGCUCAGCGUAGCCAGCUUUGCAAGCUCCUUUACAAAGAGGUCGGCUUCUUCAACACAGAAGAACCAGCCCGGCGAAAAUAUCGCCACGGAAACGACCAAGCGUCGAGAUGUCAAAAGUCCAAAGGAGCCGCAUUUGUAUGAUGACGCUAGUCUAAGGGAAGAGGCAGGUAGAAAGGCGAAAAGACAGCGGACUACAAAGGAGCAGGCUGCAGCAACAACACCAGCGCGCAGCAUGAAAAGAGCGACUGGAAGCGUUCGGCGGCGCGAAGUUCGAGAACAUAAGAUGCCCAAGCGGGACAUUGCCAGCGAUAUACAUCAAAUCCCUACUCGUAUGGCAUCCGCGACUAUUUCCCUGCCCGUAAAAUCGACCAACUUGAGGGCCAUGACGCCUCUUCCCAGUGCUCUUCCUGGUGACGUGGAUAAUACAAGGAAGUCGUCUACAGAAAAGAUUCGAAACUUGGGCUUAUGGUCCAAAAUCGGCGGAGUGAAGAAUGACACACCAAGCAGCUUCAAAAGGCUGCUCACAAUUGGCAGGGAUUAGUCUGCUCGAG